CCUGAAUUUGCAUUAUCUAUAUGAUAUACUUAAUAUAGGUAUGAUUAUUAUUUAAAAUCAUUAUAGAAUUUUGUGACCAUGGAAAUAAUCAACGUGUGACGUUAGUAGUAGAAAUCAGUAAAAGUGAAAUAUCUCCUAUCGUAUUUUCUUCCUCUAAAGGAAAUAUGUUGACGUUUCAUGACUCAAUUUCUUGACAUUGAAAUUUGAUUUUAUAGCCAGCGGAGGAAAAGUGUAAAAUUGUGCUAUAGGUGUCUCUACCUAUGUUUGUCUCACAUGAUGGUCGGCAUGAGAAACAAGGACUCCUCAGUCACACCGCCAUGGCCUUGGCCGGAGUGCUCAACUUCCUGAUGCCGGCCUCGUUGACCUUGAACCCGAACUGCGAUUUCCGGCAGGACCUCAUCCUCGGCCAGGAGUACUACAUCUACAACACGCAGUACCCUGGCCAGUACCCGCCCUCCACCUCUUGCACGUGGUACGGUCGCAGCGAGCCAGGCACCAGGAUCGUCCUGGCCUGCGAAGACAUCGCUCUGCCCAGUUCGACAAAUUGUAAUGGAGACAAACUAGCCAUAUCACUCAGUGGAGAUUUGAACUUUGCAGACGCAAGAAAUUACUGUGGCAAAGGAACCUUGAGCUUAGUGACUAAUACGAAUAGCAUCGCAGUCGGGUUAUUCUCAACAUGGAAUUCUGUUGGUGGCAGAUACAUUUGCACAAUGACAGCUAUACGAGACGCAGAAUCUUCUACUACGCAGUCUCCUCAAAUUUGUGACUGUGGAUGGAGGCAAGGGACGAGAAUCGUGGGGGGAAACGAGACUUUGGUGAAUGAAUAUCCAUCGAUGGCUGGUCUCGUUGAUUCCAAUGUGAGAGAUGUGAUUUGUGGAGGCAGCAUAAUUUCUGACAGAUACGUUUUGACAGCUGCUCAUUGCUUGCUCAAUGUCCUCAUAGCGAAUUUGGGAGUUCUAGUGGGCGACCACAAUAUUUCAGCAGGAUAUGAUACGGUGGCAGCAGCCCUGUAUCGCGUCGAAAGAAACAUUUCGCACCCCAAUUUCAACCCCCGAACGCAAAUAAACGAUAUCGCCAUUCUGCGCACCACCACCAGGAUGGUAUUCAGCAUCUACGUGGGCCCUGCCUGCUUGCCCUUCAGAUACACCGCAUUCGACUUCACUGGCCAAAUCGUUACGGCCCUGGGAUGGGGUCAAUUAUUCUUUUCUGGACCGAGAUCUGAUACUUUGCAGAAAGUAGAUUUGAUGGUGACACCAAACGACGUUUGUGCAGCGGAAAACUCAGAUUCCAUCAUCACUGCGAAUCAGGUUUGCACCUUCUAUCCGGGCAAAGAUGCAUGCCAAAGUGACUCAGGAGUUGAUUCCACCCCAGAUGUGACACACACAGAUCAACUGACAUUCAUUGUUAGAUACUGUGCAGAUUCCGGCGAACCAGUGGAAAGGUUCAUUUCAUUUUUAGAGAACGUUGGACAUAAAGGUGAAGAUAUGCAGACUGCGGUUAUGCAGACAUUGGAAAAACUCACUCUAAAUCUAGCUGAUUGUCGGGGUCAAUCAUACGACAACGCAAACAACAUGUCCGGUAUUUACAGUGGAUUGCAAGCAAGAAUAAAAUCAGUAAAUCAUUUGGUGAAAUUUGAUGCAGUGAAGGCUUUGAAGUACGGCUACCAGGUGAUUAAAGACGCACUUUAUAAAAUAAGCCAGAACGGAGAGGAAAAGAUGCAAGUUCGCUGUCAAGCUGAUGCACUGGCAAAAAAAAAAUCUACACUCGAGUUUGCCAUUCUGGUUGUUUUCUGGUAUGAUAUAUUAGAGAGAGCAGAUCAAGUCAGCAAGUCCCUGCAAAACUCAAGCAUAGGCCUGGACACGUGUCUCAGUUUAUAUAUUUCAUUGAGAAAAUAUUAUGAAUGUUUGCGGGAAAAGUUCAAUUUUUACGAAAAAGAGGCACAAUUACUCUCAAAAGAACUUAACUAUAAAGAGGAUGUCAGAACCCGUAAGAGAAAACUGGCUCUUGAAGAAGCUGACACUGAAGCUUUAUUGACACCACAGACCAGAAUGCGAACCCAGGUAUUCCUCAAAGCAGUCGAUCAUUUGGUGAGUGAAGUAAAUACUCGUGCUGAAGCCUACAAGGAUCUCUCUUCUACAUUCUCAUUUUUGUUCUCAAUUGCGUCUCUGCCAGAUGAUGUUAUCGUAGAUAAAGCACGUGUUUUGAUUGAUGUAUACCCAAAUGAUGUAGAUGAGUCCCUCGGUAAUGAAUGUGUUCAAUUGAAAUAUUUCCUGAAUUCUAUUGCCGAAAACAAAAGUGAUGAAAUAUUCAAUGCAAGGUCUUUGAUGGCGCUUUUGCACAAAUAUAAGAUCACAGAUACUUUCUGCAACGUGGAAGUAGCUCUAAGAAUGUUCCUAUCUCUGAUGAUUAGUAAUGCCAGUGGUGAAAGGUCAUUCUCAACUUUAAAAAGAGUGAAAAACUACAUUAGAAAUUCCAUGGUAGAGGAUACAUUGAAUAGCAUAUCAAUUUUAAGUAUUAACAGUGACAUGUUAUUGAAUCUGAAUUUCGAUGAUGCCAUUGACGACUUUGCUUCAAAAAAAUCAAGAAAAGUAUUAUAG